AUGUCAGAAUCACAGCAUCGACCCUUGUUUGGACCUUCCGCUGCUCCUCAAACGUCUUAUUCAUCAAUUGCUGAUCCACGUGAUACCCUUAUAAACAGUGUUGGCUCAAAUCCUUCCUGGAUAAAAAGGCAUAAGAUUGUUCUCAUUGAAGCGGCGCUCUUUACUAAUGUUUUUCUUGCGGGGUUCGAUGGAACAAUUACUGCAUCCACCUAUGAGCUCAUCGGUAAUGUGUUUAAUGAAGUGAAAUUUUCGAGUUGGAUUACGGCAGCCUAUCUAGUUACAAGCACCUCUUUCCAGCCACUUUAUGGGUCAUUCUCAGAUACUCUGGGAAGAAGAAACUGCCUGUUUUUCGCAAAUGCAAUUUUCGCUCUUGGAUGUCUCGGGUGUGGUCUAUCGGGCAACAUCUUCACUCUAAUUACCAUGCGCGCUAUCACCGGAGUUGGAGGGGGCGGUCUCAUAACUCUCUCAACUAUCAUCAAUUCCGACAUUAUUUCUGUUGAAAAGCGGGGUAUUUACCAAGCUUUUCAAAAUAUUCUUUUGGGGACAGGGGCUGUCAUUGGUGCCUCUUGUGGUGGAUUGAUUGCAUCAUUCCUAGGUUGGAGAUGGUGCUUUCUGUUUCAAAUGCCAAUAUCUGUCGCGGGGACGUUGUUGGCAGUAUUUUUUGUCGAAAAUUCGGCUCCCGAGCAGGAAGACGCUUUUACCGAUAUCUCGGAUUUUGAUAAGCUGCGAAAAAUCGAUUUUUUAGGUGCUAUCCUGCUUAUCUUAGGUUUAACCUCGCAAUUAAUUUAUUUGACAUUGAACAGCUCCGUCACACCUGCAGGGUAUUCGUGGUUUAGUACCCGGUCACAAAUUCUCCUGCUGGUAACCGUGCUAAGUUUGAGUGCAUUUGCUGUCGUCGAAAAGACGACAGACGCUAACCCCAUCAUUCCGCACCAGCUUUUGCUAAAUCUCUACAGCUCAAGUGUUUUACUUAUAGGCAUUUUUGUUGGUUUUGUUGCAUACGCUUACAUCUUCACCCUACCUCUGUUCUUUCAGAUUGUUUUUAGAGACUCCCCUACGAAAGCUGGUCUCAGGCUGACCAUUCCCUCAUUUUGCACACCAAUAGGAGGUGUAAUUGCGGGCGUUGUCAUGAAAAACCCUGAGCGCUUACCUUUCCUGCUAGGAAUAGGAAUUUUCUUUAUGCUUUUUGGAAACUUUUGUUUUCUCUUUCUAAACCCAAAAAUGCCCGGUUGGCUUUUGUCAAUAUUUCUCCUUCCAGCGAAUAUUGGCCAGGGAAUAACCUUCCCAUCAACUCUCUUCUCGUUUCUUUUCGCAUUUCCGAUUCCGAAGCAGGCUACAGCAACUUCCACACUCUACCUGUUUAGAAGUGUUGGCUCCGUUUGGGGAGUGGCGUGUACCUCAAAUUUUAUACAGGCCUCAGUGAAUCGUGAAGUGCGUAAGCGUCUUGAGGGUCAGAUAAGUCACUCUGAAGUUGAAAAAUUGUUGGCCAAACUCAGUCGGAAUACCUCCUUUGUUGAUAAACUGCCUCUCAAGCUUCAGGAAACUGUCAUAGGAAGCUACGAUUACAGUAUUAAAUUGAGUUAUGGCAUAUGCGUCGUUCUAUGCUUUAUUGCUUUGAUUUUGGGAAUAGUCAGAAACAAAAUUCCUUCAGAGGCGGGGAUAUCGUUGCAACCGAGCGACCGUCGAAAGUCUGUCAGAUCCAAUCUAUCGCUAUUUUGA